UUCCCCAUGAGUCCACAAUAAUUCAAAAUAAGUCCUUUAAAAAAAACAUCCUCUAAUGUUGUUGACAUGUAUUAACAAUAUUUUCAAUAAAACAAUUAAAUCAACUCGUAGCUUAUUCGGAGGGGAAGGGUCCUGAACUCAAGCACCUGUGGAAUUAACACUAUAGAGAAUGUGUAACUUCCCUUGCAAUGAAAUUAAAGAACAUUGUUAAUGUGAUUUUCAUUGCACUGACCCAAUAAUUUCAAAACACGUAUAGUGUCAAAAAUCAAUGAAAAUAUGCGAAAAUUGCUUCGAUAUUGCAUUACAGAUAUUAGCUUUAGAUGUCUUAUACGAGAAUUUGUAAUAUCUCGAAAAGGUAUCAAUCCUGCGUCAGACACGUGAAACUCGUUGGGGCCUUCGUCGCGUCGAGUCAUUAUAAUCGAAACUUUCUCAAUAGAUGGAUCAUUUUGAAAAAGAAUGGAAUGAUGUUGCGGUGACCCGACGACUGUCGUCGUCACAAUUAGCUGAUGGGCUUGUUUUCCCUGGAUCCUCGAUUUUUCGUACGCACAUGUGAAGUUUGUUACGUCAGCCUCGUUUUGAAAACGAACUUCUUCGUACGCUUGAAUAGGGCCUAUGGGAUAUAAAAUAUAUUUAAAAAAAUAUCUGAAGCUGUCGACAAUUAAACUUUUAUUUAAGUCGCCUUUCGUGUUAUCAAGUUUAACAAUAGCGUGUUAAAAGAAAUUAUGUUUGCUAACUAUCCACGCAAUUGUACAUAGUAGUAUGCUGAAUGAUAUAUUUAUUGUUAAAAAUAGAUUAAUGCAAUAUAAACCUUACAUUACAUUAGCAAUUUAAUACCGGUUAGAUUAAGGGAGAAAUCCCGAAAUUUCUUUCGUCAGAAAAUUGGUUGCUGUAGUAUAUUUUCACAAGGAAUCUUCCGUAUUUAAUGACAAUGCUUAUAAGAGCUAUGAUAUUGGUCAAUGUUCGUUAUCUUUGCAUUUCAUCAUUUACUUUUCGAAGUCUUAUUACGCCUCAGGGUGUGGAACUACGUUAAUGAAAGAAUACAUUUGGGCAAACCUCACUACUUCAUCAUGCAUAGAACGUUUUAUUACAGCUAGUGAUGUCACUCAUUUAUUGAAGUAAGCAUCCCCUGUCAACCGGUCACUUUCGCCGUGAGCCCUAUAUAUAUUUAAUAAGAUUUAUGCAUGAAAUUUUUGUUCGAAACCCUUUUAAUAGUUAUAAUAAAAAAUCUUGUUAACCAUAAUAUAUGUCAAAAGUCUAAGUUAUAUAAAAGUAAUCAAUCAUAUGCUUCAAAAUACUGAAUCCAAGAACCAUAACUGUUUUCAUUAGAUUAUUUAUCAAGUCCAUUAUGCGAUCAAUUUCCUUUAUUUUUCACCAAGGCUUUGUAUAUUUUUUUUAAGAGAAAGCUUCAUGAAAUUAUCAUGAAUACUAUUAUAUCGUUUAACCAGUUUUUGUGAUAUUUUAAUAAUGCUAUAUGAGGAAAAUUGCAAUUUUCUGAAGUAGUUAACGUGUUUUUGUAUUUUAAUUGAUAAAAAAUAAAUAGAAACACCGCAACAUCGCUAUUUUAUCAUUUCUAUUUGUUACUGAGAUAUAUGAUUUGAAGAAUCAUUAAUUAAAGGCAAGAUUGAACCUUUACUUCUAGCGGGAUAGAAUUAUCUUAAUGUAAAUUCGUGGACCAUGCCUCACUCUCAUUUUCAACCUAUGUUUAAUUUAUUAAAUCUUUUCAUGGACUUGCUCCAUUACGAGUGACGUGGAUAAUCAACGUUAAAGGACACAUUUCGCGUUUUCAAAGUUCUCAAAAUUAUACGUAAUUUACCUUCCUUAUAUACACAGUAAUGAAUUCUAAUGGUUUGUUUGUGGACAUAAAGUGAUAAUUAGCCCAAUUAUGGCUUCAAAUCUAGGACUCGAUUGUAAAAACAUCUCGCUAAUUAGGUAGGGAGUCACAUGCUACCGUGACGUCAUAUGCGACCUUCCUCGAUCAGCUUAUAGUAAAACUAGUGUGGAAAUCUUAAAGAACUCGGCUUUUAAUCACCAUUAUUCACCAUGGACGACAUCUGUUCCGAUUUUGAGGAAAUUCCCGAGAAUCUUCACAUUCAACCUUAUAUGUUUGAACCACCAGUGCGUUCAAAUAGGAAUGUAAAUACCCAAGAAAGUAGCGAGGAAAGCGAGGAUGAAAUCUCAAAUGAUGAGAAAAUUGAUCGCCGUCGGAACACUAUUUGGUGCGAGUGUGGGAUUUGUGAAGUGAUGAAGACCAGAACAGAAUGCAUAUGCUGUGAUGAGAUUCCAGUCAUAGAUGAGCUUCGAGGGUCGAGUGACCUUGAAUGCAUCACACAACACAGAACUUUCAUAGACAAUUGUUUGAAUGCACGAGUACUGGAAGUCAGUCUUUAUGGCUUCAUUCAAAGAGAGGGGCCUUUGGAUGACAAUGAAACCAUUAAUGAAACAUACAGACCCAUUGCAUAUCGCCGGUUUGUCCUAUGGAUAUGGCAUCGACUCGGAUGGAGGAAUCGUAAAGUUUUGCCAGCAUGUGUUGUCACAACAAUUCGCAGGACAUUCCCAUCAGAGGACUACACAGGAUUCCAAUCCCACUGUAUAGAACCAUAGCUCUACCGUGCAAAUCUAGUACGCCUUGUAACAAUGAGCUGGUCUUUGUUGACUACAGCAUUGCCUGAUGUAAGGGUUGAUUGUUGGUAUCCAAGAGAAGCUUUUCCAUCAGAUGAAGCUGCUGAACACGAGGGUAGCUGAAGCCUGCGUUCCACAAGAUUCAGUCGCAAGAUGUCAAUAUAAUCUGAAAAGUAUGAAACUGUUUAAAUAUGUGAUUUUAAAAAGUUUAUGUUAUGAAUCC